GAGCCUCGAGCGUCGCUUUGCUCCCGUGAGCGCGCGGGGUUCUGUUGCUACGGCAACGGCUUCCUCGUGGCCGCCCUUCAACAACGAACCGGGCUGCUGGAGGGAGAGUUGCGUUUGGAGGAGUCAGGCGCCUACUUAAAGCGGGAACAGGCUCCUCAGGAUGGAGCGAGGGCUUCUUGGGGACUUGCAGGCAGGCUUGAACAUCACCACUAAUUGAGCUGCUGCUGGAACUUGGUCAAGAAUUCUGUUGAUUCAGAAGCCAGUAAAGACUCUCAGAACUAUGUUUCAACCUGCAGAUCGCGAGGCCUCAGCACUAAUGCCUUCAGGCUAACUGGAACCAAAUAUUCUCAGCAGUGCAUGGUCCUGUUAGUCCACCUUGCAGUUCCACGUGCUUCACACUGCCCACCAUGCCAACCUUACCUGAAGACAAGGGACAAUCAGAAGAGGCACAACACAACAUCUCUCCUCCAGCCAAAGACACUAUCGUUGAAGGGUCAGUGUGCAGUACACCUUCCAUUGUUCUUCCAGAGAAUGCUGUAGCACCAGACAUGGAAAUUGAUAAAAAUCUGAUUAACAGGCCUCAUAGUCCUCAUAGGAGACAUUCUAACCGUGCCACUAGGAAUCCAACAAGUUCAUUGACUUCUGUGGACAACAGCGGUCAUGUGAUUGACCUGGUAAACGAUCAGUUACCUGAUGUAAAAAUAUCAGAGGAAGAUAAAAAGAAGAACCUUGAAUUACUAGAAGAAGCAAAGAAAGUGAGUGAGAGGUUUCUCAUGCGCAGAGGCAGAAAGUCAAGAAGCAGCCUUCCUGAGUCACCCACAGCAGUUUCCCCUACACUUAGUCCUAAAGUUUCACCAGUAGCAUCUCGGAGCAACUCUCUCACUCUUCCAGUUCCAUCAGGGUCUGAUGGAUGCACAACCACUUGUGUUGAGACAGUAUGUCCAGGGCAGAAUAACAGAACUAUGAAAGAGAAUGACAGGCAAACUGUAGAGAAUGCUGCAAAAGGACUAGUUGAUCGAAGGCAGAAUGAUCAAAGAAAGAUUUCUCAGGGAAGGUUGGUUCCUCGUUCUGCUGGUUUUGAAAACUCCAAAGAGAAGCUCUCAGAACAAAAAGAAAACUUUGAUCCGCGUAAACACAUGGAUACUUUACCUAAAUGCUCCCCUUCAGGUGGUGAUGGUGGCAGAAUGUCUCUUAAUUCUUACAUGAAUGUUUGUGAAAAUGAACUCGGAAAAUCGUUCCUCAAGAAAGCAAAAGAAAAUGAUGUUCCUCUAAGAACCCAUCUACCAACAUCAGGAAAUAUAGACUCAAAGCUAAAAAUCCCUUUUCAAGAAAUGAGGGACCAUAAAGUUUCAUUUAAACCAGAAUUUAAAAUGUGUGGUCUUCGUCCCCCUCUACUACGGGCUGUAUCAUGGGAUAGCUUGGAGCCUGGACAGAAAGAUAAAACACCUUUAAAAUUACCAUCUGAGGAAGAUAAAAACUUUGCUGUUGGUAACAAAUCCAGCAAUCAGUUAAAAGCAUUCAAAGACCUUCAAAUCCAAGUUCAACCAGUUCGAAUGCAGAAAUUGACAAAGCUCAGAGAGGAGCAUAUUUUGAUGAGAAAUCAAAAUUUAGUUGGACUCAAACUUCCUGAACUUAGUGAAGCUGCUGAACAAGAAAAAGGCCCUUCACCUCUCCCUUCCCCCACUGAAGAGGAAGAGACAAAGAAUAGCUCUGAUGUCAUGCCCAGCAUUCCUGAUGUAUUGCUGCGAAAACUACGAGUGCACAAAUCACUUCCGGGAAGCUCUCCUCCACUUACUGAAAAAGAAGUUGAGAAUGUAUUUGUACAACUUUCCUUGGCCUUUAGAAAUGAUAGUUAUACCUUGGAAUCUAGAAUUAACCAAGCAGAGCGAGAGAGAAAUCUUACCGAAGAGAAUGCUGAGAAGGAACUGGAAAGCUUUAAAGCAGCCAUUACAUCUUCAGCUCACUUAUGGCAUCAUUAUGAACACAGAGAAGCUUACCAGAAGCUAUUGGAGGAUAUUGCUGUUCUACGGCGUUUAGCUGCUAGACUCUCUAGUCGUGCUGAGAUGGUUGGAGCUGUUCGCCAGGAGAAGCGUAUGUCAAAGGCAACAGAAGUAAUGAUGCAGUAUGUGGAAAAUCUGAAAAGAACGUAUGAAAAGGAUCAUGCUGAGCUAAUGGAGUUCAAGAAGCUUGCCAAUCAGAAUUCUAGCAGAAGCUAUGGGGCAUCUGAAGACGGAGUACCUCGUUCAACUAGAUCCAUGUCUCUUACUGUUGGAAAGAAUAUGCCUCGGAGGAGAGUCAGUGUUGCUGUUGUUCCUAAAUUUAACUCCUUAAACAUUCCUGGUCAGUCACCGACAGCUUCACCUAUACCUUCAGUGCCAUCCCAGUCUGAACCACCUAGUAAUGGAAGAAGCAAUCUAACAUCUACUCCUGUUCUGCCAGCACUUUUAGAAAAUGGAAAGAGUAAUGGAGAGCCCGACUGUGAAACUGCUACUUCUGUGCUGACACACAGUGGGUUGGAAGAGAUCAAUCCUGAAACUAAAGCCAAGAUAGAAGAGGAAGCAUAUAACAAAGGUUAUCGGGAGGGCUUGAAGAAAACCAAAGAACUUCAGGAACUGAAGGAAGAAGAUGAAGAGACACUAAAAGAAAGUCCUGAUGAACAUGAAGAAAGUGAAAAUGAACAUGAGAUAAAAACCCUGAAAAGCAGCAGACUUGAAGUCAUCAUUAAUUAUUUACAUAUACUGUACCCCAAACUGUGUAAACACUGGAAUGUGGUAUGGCUGGUAGUGGCUGCAAUAGUAAUUUUUGCUGUGGUGUUGGGAAUCUACAAUUCAUUCAACUCCUGUGAUGAAAAAUCAGAGGGACCUGAAGGGAAGGCUAGCUGUUCUGCUGCCCAUCAACAUUCCUGGUGGAACUCAGGAUUUCAACAUGAGCAACGCACUGAAUAAUAAAGGAACAACCAUGUACUUACGGUACCUGAGCAAGUAUGCAUAUUGGAAAACUGUUGUUAGAGGUAGUGCUUAGUCAUCCUUAUAGCUGUUAAAUGCAGUCUGUUAGACAAGAGAGUUACUCCACACCAUGAGGUCUGGGGAUACACUGUGAACAUACCUUAUCAAAAUGACAAUCUGAUAAAUAAUCCUAUCUGUCUUUUUAGUGUAUAUGACUGAUACAAAUAAAGUAAUACUGAAUCAUGAUAAAGUUGUGGCAGUAAUCAGCCAUCAGCAAGACAUUGAAAAGAAAUGGUUUGCACAGGACAGUAAUAGCUCUGCUAUGACUUUGAAGAAAAUCAUAAACCUGCAUUUGCAGUUAAUGCUUUGCAUUCCCUGAAUUUAUUAGUGAUUGUUGAAGUACUAAUGGCAUUUAAGUCCUUUGGGUUUCAAGAGACUAAUCUGCUUCCUUUUUCAUGAUUAUUGGGUAGGUAGAAAUAGAAGCUCUUCUAUGGAAGGUUAUGGUUGUAUUGUCAGACUAAAUGCCUUGAUGAUAAAGUUAUUUUACAGGAGCAAUUAUCUGUAUAAUUAUUUAAAUAGAAAACUAAGUACAUGCAUAAAUGUGUUUUAUGGUAUACUUUAAGAAUUGGACCACCACUUUUUUUUUCAAAUGGGAUACACAACAAACUGUGUCUAGGUGGCACAGACGAUACCAUCAAAUAAAUGUAUCAAAGCUCUGAGACGAAAAUGCAUGUCACUAAAGGUAUACCAUAUGUACCUGCUGAACUUCAGUCACUUCUGAUUGAAGAUGAACUAUGUCUUUCCAUAACUAUAUGCUUGAAUGUAACCACAAUAUCAAAAUCAGUUUGAUACCUGAUAGCACUUGUGUCUUGCAUUUUUCUGUCAAUUUCUGUCUGAUUAACAAGUCUGUUUACAGCUGAAGGAUAAGUAUGUUGUGAAGUACUGUUAUUUCAGUUCAGAUGCAGUUAUUAUUGUCUUGUUUGUUAGUGUAAACACUGAACCUCAAGCUAUCAAAGAAACCAGGUUUCUAACUCUGAAAUUUAAUUCAUAUAUCUGGCACUAGUAACAAAUAUCCUGCUGGUGAAUUUCAUUUGUUACAUCUUUUGCCAUUAAAAAAAUUAAUAACAAGUUUAAUAAAAAAAAAUCAUCAUCACUUUUUUUUUUUUUGGGUGGGGGAGGUUGGGGUCUAUAAGCAGUUGGGAGGUUUGGUUUUUUAUUUUAAAGUACAUGUUGUUGAGGAGUGUGCUUAAGAAAGUUCAAAAAGGAUAAUGGGAAAGUGUCAUUUGGUCUAAAACUAUAAUUGUUAAAGAAUAAGACAGAAGACAGCUUCUUGUAAAUUAUUUGGUAUCUGUUUGGUUCAGUUAAAAUAUCUGACUAUGAAGAACUACUGCAACAUUUCACAUACUUUCAGUAUUUUAAAUACUUCCAGUAUUUAAAGAAACUUGUCAAUUUCUCUUUGAAUACUUCUUUAUUAAAAUCAGCUUAUUUAACUUAAUAUUCUUUACAAAUAGCAUUGAUAAUAAGGCAAUAAAAAUUGAACAUAAAUAGUCCUGAAGAUUCAGAAUCCCCUGUGCCAAAAACUAUGAUGCAAAUUUGACUAUGAUUGCGGAAAUGUUGAACUACAAUGAGUAAAAAUAAUUAACAGUACCUAUAAUUAAAUUAAUUUGCUCUGAUUUACAUCUCCAUUGAUAUGGGUCCAACACAUUAUUGUAAAGAAAUGUAGAAAGUUAUUGAUAUCAACAGGACACUUGAACUGCUUCAUGUUAAGUAUGUGCUAAGGUUUUUUUGGUCAGUGGAUGAAUAAGGUCUCCAUCCCAUCUUGAAAUACAUCACACUUUUUGUGGACUUAAUGCACAAAGGCAGAUUUCUAUAAGUAGUUGUACUGGUGUGAACUGAACUACUUGCAUGUCUAAGGCAAGUAUAAUUUAUUCACAAAGUUAUUAGUUGUGGGGAAUGUACUGAAAGAGUCAGGAGAUUUUAAUAGGGAUGAAAAGAUGAAGAUAAUUUUUUUUUAUAAAAAAAACAAAAGGUUGUUCUUUUUAUAACUACUUUGAGCAAACUGUCCACUAAAAAUAAUGAACCACAAUGACUAAUAGCACGUUAAAUACUUUUGCUUAUUUUUUUCAGUUAGUUAAUGAAGACACUUUUUUAAUAAGAAACUAGAUUGAGCUCAAAAACUAUUCUAAGUGUGAUUUUAUCUGUUGGAUAUUAGUUUUCUUUAUCUGGAAAAAAAACCCAACAAACCAAUCUCUUCUGUGUUGAAAGAUCACAUCAAAUAACAAGAAAUAGAUCUAUUAUUUAUGCUAUUAACACUGAAAUAGUUUUCUUGAGGUGCAAUAUUUAUUUUUCUGCUUUAUCAAGACACGUUUAUUGUUUUUCCUGCACAGCACAUAUGUUUCUAGUAAAAGGAAUUUAAAAGGGCACUAUUUUUGUGUAUCAUAUUUAAAUUUGUACUAUUGUAAGAUUUUGCACAAGUGUGCUGGUAUUGUACUGUAUAGUAUCACAUACUUGAGUUUUGAAAUAAAAGUAUGGUUUCAAAGUC